UUCGCAGGAGUGCUUGCUCUGUAAUCCAAGCAAUAGCCACGCAGCCGGUUUUAUUGUUUGCGGAGUCCUGCGGCUCUUAACGAGCGCUUCACAGACGGGAAGGAGAGCAAGUGGGCGGUUUAUGAUUCUGCCCUGUGCUGGGGCGAGUGAGUUGAGCUCUUUGAUUUCUCCCAAGUGACCGUGUGGGUGAACUGUAAACUGGGUGCCUGGCUUGACCCUGAAUCUUUUUCUCUAGGGCGAGGAGUUCCUUCUUUCUGCAACCGACAGCUGGCUUUCUGCCCUGGUGGGGAAAGAUGCCCAGGAGUGGAGUAGGAUUACAGUUUGGGAUGCUAGGGACACACCAAAGAGUCGGAGUGCCCUGGCUUUGUGUUUUGCAAAGUCCUGACAAGUGCUCCUGAAAUGAACACCCUGUUUCAUUUUUUAAAUUAUACUUUUAUUUAUUUAUUAUUUUUUGGCCGUGGAUAUCGCUGAUCUAGAAACGGAGUCCACAAUGUGGCUAGGGUAAAACAUUUUUCUUUUCUUUCCUAAUCCCUCCUUUUCCCUUUCUUUUUAAUUGGGUGACACAGAAGCCGUCUUUUUGGAUAAUGCCGUGCCUGACUGUCAGCGUUGUCUAAGAGGGAAACAGCAGGCGUGUGGAGAGGACCUGGGCCAAUGCAAAAAACCCAGCGUUUUGUUUGCUGGUCUGUUCUUUGUCUCUAGUUGAUUUUGAAAAGAAGAUGAAAAAGGAAAGCUCUUCAGGUUCCUUCAGACUCAAGCCGAAUGCAGGUUCUCUCUCACGUGCUGUGAGUUGGAUAAAUUUCUCCUCCUUGUCCAGGCAGACAAAGAGGCUGUUUCGCAGUGAUGGAGAGCUCUCGGUUUGUGGGCAGCAGGUGGAAGUGGAUGACGAAAACUGGAUAUACAGAGUCCAGCCCAGAAAAGCGGUUUCCAACCUAGAUGAGGAGAGCCGAUGGACAGUCCACUACAGUGCCCCAUGGCACCAGCAGGAGAAUGUGUUCCUUCCCACCACAAGACCCCCCUGCAUUGAGGACCUGCACCGCCAAGCCAAGCUCAAUCUCAAAUCAGUAUUGAGGGAAUGUGAUAAGUUGCGGCAUGAUGGCUACCGCAGUUCUCAGUACUACUCUCAGGGACCCACCUUUGCGGCCAACGCCAGCCCACUCCGUGAUGAUUACCAAGACGAAGAUGAAGAAGCAGAUCAAAAGUGUUCUCUCUCUUCGUCAGAAGAAGAAAGAUUUAUUUCCAUCAGGAGACCUAAAACACCAACCUCAAGUGACUUCUCCGACCUUAAUACUCAGACGAACUGGACCAAGUCGCUUCCACUGCCAACACCAGAAGAGAAGAUGCGACAGCAAGCCCAAACAGUCCAGGCUGAUGUGGUGCCUAUUAACAUAACUGGGGAGAAUUUCGAUCGCCAGGCCAGCCUUCGGCGGUCUCUAAUUUACACAGACUCUCUGGUAAGACGACCGAAGAAAGUCAAAAGGAGAAAGACUAUUACAGGAGUCCCUGACAACAUACAGAAGGAGCUAGCAUCAGGCACUGGCCAAGAUGAUGUCGAUGGUCACUCAGUGCACACCCCUGAUCACUACUCUGCGCUGGGAAGGUUCGAUAGCUAUCGGUCUGCUGGGCAGCGCUCAGAAACCAGGGACUCCAGCUGUCAGACGGAGGAGGUGAAGGUCGUACCACCUUCCAUGAGGAGAAUCAGGGCACAGAAGGGGCAAGGCAUUGCUGCCCAGAUGGGCCACUUCUCAGGUUCUUCUGGCAACAUGUCUGUGCUGAGCGAUUCUGCGGGGAUCAUAUUCCCUUCCCGCCUCAACAAUGAUGCUGGCUUCCAUAGUCUUCCGCGUUCUGGAGCGAGGGCAAACAUUCAGUCUCUUGAGCCGAGGCUGGGUGCCCUGGGCCCUGCAGGAGACAUGGAUGGCACAUUCCUCUACCAGGGAGGUCACCCACAAGCAGAUGAAAACUUAGGCCAUUUAGGAGGCGCCUCAGAGACUGGAACACUUUUGAGACCCAAAUCCCAAGAGCUGAGACACUUUGAGAGUGAAAAUGUAAUGAGCCCAGCAUGUGUGGUUUCUCCUCAUGCAGCCUACUCCACCAGCAUCAUCCCAAAUGCCACACUGUCUUCCUCUUCCGAGGUCAUCGCUAUUCACACUGCUCAGAGUGCAGGGCAGCGGGAAAGUAGAAGUUCUGGCUCAUCACAUGCAAGGAUAAAACCCAGAGACCACCUCAUCUCCAGGCACACUGUGAAAGAUGAUCAUCAGUCUCCCGGUCGCCACUGGAAUGAGGGUCACACCACCAUUCUUUCACAGGCCUUAGACCCUCAUUCCCCUGGUGCACCCACACUGUUGUCCCUCUGUGACUCGGCAGUCUCUCUAAAUGCUCCAGCAAAUAGGGAGAAUGUGUCCCAAGCCAUGCCGUAUAAUUGUAGAAACAACCUGGCCUUCCCAGCCCACUCCCAAGAUGUGGAUGGCAAGAGUGAAUCUAGUUAUUCAGGGGGUGGAGGGCACAGCAGCUCGGAGCCCUGGGAAUACAAGUCCUCAGGUAAUGGAAGGGCAUCCCCCAUGAAGCCGCAUGUAGCAACUCCUGGCUACUCCACUCCCACAAGUAACAUGAGCAGCUGCAGUUUGGACCAAACGUCCAACAAAGAGGAUGCUGGGUCACUGUAUUCUGAGGACCACGAUGGCUACUGCACAUCUGUGCACACUGACUCUGGACAUGGAUCUGGGAAUCUGUGCAAUAGCAGUGAUGGCUUUGGGAACCCCAGGCACAGCGUGGUCAAUGUUUUUGAUGGAAGAGCUCAGAAAAACCAAGGGGACCGGUCCAAUUACCAGGAUAAAUCCUUAUCGAGAAACAUCUCUUUGAAGAAAGCAAAGAAGCCUCCCCUGCCACCCUCCCGGACAGACUCCCUCCGCAGGAUUCCCAAGAAGAGUGGCCAGUCCAACGGGCAGGUGCUCAAUGAGAGCCUGAUCGCCACACUCCAGCACUCGCUGCAGCUGAGCCUCCCAGGCAAGGGUGGCAGCUCGCCCUCCCAGAGCCCCUGCAGUGACUUGGAAGAGCCCUGGCUGCCCCGCUCCCGGAGCCAGAGCACGGUCAGUGCUGGCAGCAGCAUGACUUCCGCCACCACCCCCAAUGUCUACUCCCUGUGCGGGGCCACACCAUCGCAGAGUGACACGAGCAGUGUCAAGUCAGAGUACACGGACCCCUGGGGUUACUACAUUGACUACACAGGCAUGCAGGAAGAUCUGGGGAACCCAGCAGGGGGCUGUUCAACCAGCAGCGGGGUGCCCACUGGGAACGGGCCAGUCCGCCAUGUCCAAGAAGGGUCCAGAGCCACAAUGCCUCAAGUGCCCAGUGGUUCAGUCAAACCAAAGAUCAUGUCACCAGAGAAGUCCCACAGAGUCAUUUCUCCAUCCAGUGGGUAUUCCAGCCAGUCGAAUACACCCACAGCACUCACCCCUGUGCCUGUGUUUUUAAAAUCAAUGUCACCAGCAAAUGGGAAGGGGAAGCCCAAGCCCAGGGUACCAGAAAGGAAGUCCUCUCUGAUAUCUUCAGUAUCCAUUUCCUCGUCGUCCACUUCUCUUUCCUCUAAUACUUCUACUGAAGGAAGUGGCACUAUGAAGAAACUGGAUCCUGCCGUGGGCUCUCCCCUGGCUCCUCCUCCUCCUGUUCCCUCUCCUCCAUCCCCUUGUCCUGCAGACAGGUCUCCUUUCCUUCCUCCCCCACCUCCUGUCACAGAUUGCUCCCAGGGCUCUCCUCUGCCUCACUCUCCUGUGUUCCCCCCUCCGCCGCCAGAAGCUCUCACUCCUCUCUGCUCCCCGCCUGAUUGGUGCCUUUCUUCCCCGCCCACUGCACUGAGCCCGCUUCUUCCAGAUUCACCUGUGUCCUUGCCAUUGCCCCCACCUCUCUCACUUUUCUCGGAGCCCCCACCCGCCCCACCUCUUGACCCCAAAUUCAUGAAAGACACCAGGCCGCCUUUCACAAAUUCUGGCCAGCCAGAAUCCUCCCGGGAAUCCUUGAGGCCGCCUUCUACCAAGGAGGAGACCAGCAGGCCCCCCAUGCCCCUGAUAACCACGGAAGCAUUGCAGAUGGUGCAGUUGAGGCCGGUGAGAAAGAACUCAGGCACCGAGGCAGCACUGUUGUCUGAACGAACAGCUCAGGAACAACGAACUCCAGUUGCUCCACAGUACCACUUAAAGCCAUCUGCUCUCCUGAAAUCCCGAAAUAGCACAAAUGAAAUGGAGAGUGAAAGCCAGCCUGCCUCUGUGACAAGCUCGCUUCCGAAGCCUGCCAAGAACUCGAGUCAGGGUGACCAUGGCAGUGCGGCCGAGCGCGGCGGCCCUGUGAGCCGCAGCCCUGGAGCUUUGAGCGCUGGGGAGGCAGAGGCUCGGCCCAGUCCCAGCACCACCCCACUCCCAGACUCUUCACCCAGCAGGAAGCCACCCCCCAUUUCCAAGAAGCCCAAACUGUUCCUGGUGGUACCACCUCCGCAGAAAGAUUUUGCAGUGGAGCCCGCAGAGAACGUGAACGAAGCCCUUCGAGCCGCGCCCAGCCCCACGAGGGGAGAGGAGGGCUCUGUGCACAGCAGAGAGGCAAAAGAGAGUUCUACAGUCCAAGCUGGCUCUCAUGCCACGCACCCUGGCACUUCGGUUCUUGAGGGAGGAGCUGCAGGAUCCGUGUCUCCCAGCAGAGUGGAAGCCAAUGUCCUCAUGGUUCAGCCCGAUGUCUCACCAGCCCCCAAGCAGGAGGAGCCAGCUGAGAACAGUGCGGAUGCUGGGGGCGAUAGGGAGAGCUGCCUAUCUCAACAGGACGGAGCAGCUGGGGUGCCGGAGACCACCGCAGCCAGUUCAUCCUCAGAGGCCUGUGACUUCGGCAGUGAUGAGGUGAUGACCCCUAGUCGACCCAGGACCACAGAAGACCUUUUUGCAGCUAUUCACAGAUCCAAAAGGAAAGUCCUCGGCCGUAGAGAUUCAGAUGAUGACCACUCCCGAAACCAUUCUCCCUCCCCGCCCGUGACACCCACCGGCGCUGCCCCGAGCCUGGCCUCUCCAAAGCAAGUGGGAUCGAUUCAGAGAAGCAUCCGAAAGAGCAGCACCAGCAGUGACAACUUCAAAGCUCUGCUGCUAAAAAAGGGCAGUCGUUCAGACACCAGCGCCCGCAUGUCUGCAGCAGAAAUGCUCAAGAACACAGACCCUAGAUUCCAGAGGUCAAGGUCAGAACCUUCACCAGAUGCCCCCGAGAGCCCGUCAAGCUGUUCCCCAAGCAAAAACAGAAGGGCGCAGGAGGAGUGGGCCAAGAAUGAAGGCUUGAUGCCUCGGAGUCUGUCCUUUUCCGGCCCCAGAUACGGCCGCAGCCGAACACCGCCUUGUGCCGCCAGCAGCAGGUACAGCAUGCGGAACCGGAUCCAGAGCAGCCCCAUGACCGUCAUCUCGGAGGGAGAAGGGGAGGCCGUGGAGCCUGUGGACAGCGUAGCCCGCGGGGUUCUGGGCGCUGCGGAGGGAUGUUCCCUGGAUGGACUAGCGAGGGAGGAAAUGGACGAGGGCAGCCUGCUCUGUGGGGAGGGGCCUGCCGCCUCUCUGCAGCCCCAGGCCCCUGGCCCCGUGGAUGGGACAGCCAGUGCAGAGGGCAGAGAGCCCUCCCCGCAGUGUGGCGGUUCUCUGAGUGAGGAGAGUUAGGGCCAAGAACAUAACUCUCCCAGGUGACACGGGGGGAGAUGAGCAAUGCAGCACUCUAGGAAGCCUGCUAGGCGCCCUUCCCUGGCUCACCCGGGGAUCCCACGCUGUUUCUGUGCUAUGGGCCCGGGGUUGCCAGCCCUGCAGUGUGAGUGAAGGGUUAUUUAGGACUCACUUGGCACUUGCCCUGUGGCUUAAGAACAAGUAGAAGCUUAAACUUCUGAAAGUGCUUCCUGGGGAAGAUCUUUUUUUUUUUUUUUUUUGCUGAAUGCUGGGUGUGUGUGUGCAUUUUCAACACAUCUUAAUUUUUUAAAAAUACAUGUAUACACAAACAACAUGUACAGAAAUAGAGGAAAGCAAGCCAGAGUUAAGCUUGAUAGAGUAACGGAGUUACUCUGGACUGGAUGGUAAUUGCUUUCAGAGCAUUACGUUUGUGGAAAUCAGCGAGUUCCGUAAGAAAGGAGAAGAUGUUACUUCUAAGAAAGAGGCAGUAGAGUUGCUGGAUCUUAAUGCACAGAACACACAGAUAUAUGCACACGUGUGCUGCUGAGGUGAGGCAGGUCUGGUGAGCACAGAGAGGCUGGGAAGGGGCUAAGUGACUAAUUGGUUCAGGUACUUUUUUCUAGGGGAGGUAGACUUUGCUUCUUUUUUGUAAAAAUGACAAACAUGUAGAAGUGGCAACGCUGUAACCUGGUGCCUGCUGCUGUGCAGCCACAUACACACAAUUGUAGCCUGAUUUUUAGAAGUGUGGGUAAUUUUUUAAUGAAUUUCCUCCUUGAGUAGCAGCUGAGGUCAUUGACAACUGAAGUGACGGUGUGGACAUACAGAGAGGGGAAGGGUUUUUAGAGGAGUAAGUGAUACACUGCUGGAGUUUGUUUUCUGCCUAUGAAAUAAAAUUAUUUUUCAGAAUUAAAUUUGAAAACUUGCACUACAGAACUAUGGGUGGGGCUUUUCCUUUUACAACAGUUUUGUUGUUGUUUUUAACCAGAGUUUAAACUUCCAUUAGGCAAUUUCCUGUCACUUGAAAUGUCAACAUCUGCUAACUUUUGGAUAUCCUUUUGGUUAUACCAAAGAAAAAGUUAUGGCUAUUUUUUUUUUCCUUGAACUGCCUACAGUAUCAUGUCCUAAUUCAGAAAGAUUUAUCAAAAUCUAUUAUAUAUUAUCUUACUUUGAAGAAAAUGCUGAAUAGCUCUUGUUAGUCAAAUAAACUGAUAAAAAUUGGUAGGGCCUGGCUAUCAAUUAGCCCUGGGAAAUGAAUUUUUAGAUUAAAAAGGUUUUUUUGCAUCAUUUGGUUUGUGCGUUUUUAUAUUUGUUUAUAAAUAAUUGAGUUGCUAAUUAUCUUAUAAUCUUCUCCAGUCAGAUUUUCAACAGUUUUAGACAUGGGACACAAGUGUGCCAAGUCUUUAUUUUAAUGUAAUAAUCUCAUUACCCCCACCCUUACUCCCUUAACUUCCAUGUACUUAGACUUCAUUUGUUAAAUAAGCCAGAGGAUUGUCGUCUUCAUUAGAAGGACCUAGGAUGAUAAUGUGGAGACUGUUGGUCUGAAUCUAGUGCAACUACCACCUGCCAGCUUUUGGGGGGUAUGAAAGUAUCUAAAAGUUGGACUGCACGGGUCAAGUCAUUAUGAGACUUAUAAACUAAAACUUUAGAUUCCCAUUUAGAAAUGUCUUGGAGGCAAAAACAAACCUAAAGAAUGAAGACUCUCUCCCUUCUCUGAAAAAAAACAAAACACUGCUCUUCACACAACCAGAAAUCAAGACCAGAGAUUUAGAGCAAUUGUCUACUAAUUUGGCACAAAGAUCGUUUGUUCUUUAGAAAACUGGCGUUGGCUUUUGAAUAUGAAAUCUUCUCAUAGCUGCCUAAAAAAGACUAGAAUGUAUAUGGAUAUCAGAAACCUUUAAUACAUAAUUUAUGCAAAGAUAAACGCAACAUAACACUAAUUAUAAAACUAUUUUUAGAUCCCCAUUUUUAAUGAAAAAUACACAUUUGUAUUUAAUUUGCUUUGAAUAAAAUAAUUGUAAAGUAAA